GUUUUAGACGCGACGGCGUGCAGACAGGGGGCUGUUAGCUGGUGUACAGGGUAGUGAGUUGUUUGGUAAUUAUGUGGAUAUUAUUUUAAUGUUAUUUCGCCACUGUUGGAGCGAGAUAUACACGUUCAGAGAGGAAACAGAGUCACGGCGUUCUGCCACCAGCAAACAUGAAGUUGAACAUUGAAGGGCUGUUAGUCUAUUUCCCUUAUGACUACAUUUAUCCAGAACAGUACUCCUACAUGCUGGAGCUCAAGAGGACCCUGGACGCCAAGGGCCAUGGAGUUCUGGAGAUGCCCUCAGGAACGGGAAAAACCAUCUCUCUUCUGUCUCUUAUUGUAGCAUAUCAGAAAGCCUACCCUCUCGAGGUGACCAAGCUGAUCUACUGCUCCCGAACCGUGCCUGAGAUUGAGAAGGUGGUUGAGGAACUGAGGAAACUGAUGGAAUUCUAUACCAAAGAAACAGGAGAGAAAAACAACUUCCUUGCACUGGCGCUUUCUUCAAGAAAGAAUCUGUGCAUUCAUCCUGAAGUGAGCUCUUUGCGCUUCGGAAAGGAGGUAGAUGGAAAAUGUCACAGUCUGACAGCAUCGUAUAUUCGAGCCCAGCAUCACAGUAAUCCAAGUCAACCUGUCUGCCGCUUUUAUGAGGAGUUUGAUGCCGUGGGCAGACAGGUGCCAAUUCCUUCUGGAAUUUAUAAUCUAGAUGACCUUAAAGACUUUGGGCGCAAAAAAGGCUGGUGCCCAUACUACCUAGCACGCUACUCUAUUCUCCAUGCUAACAUAGUGGUAUACAGUUACCAUUACCUUCUGGACCCAAAAAUUGCAGACCUGGUCUCAAAAGAGCUUGCAAAGAAGUCGGUUGUUGUAUUUGACGAAGCCCACAACAUUGACAAUGUGUGCAUUGACUCAAUGAGUGUCAACAUCACCAGGAGGACACUGGACCGCUGCCAGACCAAUGUGGAUACUCUACAGAAUACUAUUCAGAGAAUAAAGGAAACAGAUGCCGCGAAACUCCGAGAGGAGUACAGAAGGCUUGUUGAGGGACUGAAAGAGGCCAAUGUUGCACGAGAAACAGACAUCUACUUGUCCAAUCCAGUGCUGCCAGAUGAAGUUCUCCAAGAGGCUAUUCCUGGCAGCAUCCGAACUGCAGAGCACUUUGUGGGCUUCCUAAAGCGCUUCCUGGAGUAUCUGAAGGCUCGCCUGCGCAUCCACCAUGUUGUGCAGGAGAGUUCUCCUCAGUUCCUCAAAGAUAUCUAUGAGAAGGUGUGCAUUGAUCGCAAGCCGCUCAGAUUCUGUGCAGAGAGGCUUCGCUCAUUACUGAGAACCCUGGAGAUUGCAGAUAUCGCUGACUUCUCUCCUAUCACUCUGAUCUCCCAUUUCGCUACUCUCGUCAGCACCUACAGCAAAGGCUUCACUAUUAUCAUUGAGCCAUUUGAAGACAAAACACCAACAAUAGCCAAUCCUGUGCUUCACUUCAGCUGUAUGGAUCCCUCCAUCGCCAUAAAGCCAGUGUUUGAGCGGUUCCAGUCGGUCGUCAUCACUUCUGGGACUCUCUCUCCAUUGGACAUUUAUCCCCGGAUCCUCGAUUUCCGACCCGUCACCAUGGCCUCUUUCACCAUGACACUGGCACGCACCUGCCUGUGCCCUCUAAUUGUGGGUAGGGGAAAUGACCAAGUGGCAAUGAGCUCCAAGUUUGAGACCAGAGAAGAUUUUGCUGUGAUCCGCAAUUACGGAAACCUGCUUCUGGAAAUGUCUGCCAUUGUACCAGAUGGAAUUGUUGCAUUUUUCACAAGUUACGUUUACAUGGAAAACAUUGUAGCUUCAUGGUAUGAACAGGGAAUUCUGGAGAACAUUCAGAGAAACAAGCUGAUCUUCAUUGAGACACCAGAUGCAGCAGAGACCAGCAUGGCCCUGGAGAAGUACCAGGAGGCCUGUGAAAACGGUAGAGGAGCAAUCUUGCUCUCUGUUGCCAGAGGAAAAGUGUCUGAAGGGAUUGAUUUUGUUCAUCACUUUGGACGAGCUGUGAUCAUGUUUGGAGUGCCGUACGUUUACACUCAGAGCCGAAUACUCAAGGCUCGGCUAGAGUAUCUGCGAGACCAGUUUCAGAUCCGAGAAAACGACUUCUUGACCUUCGAUGCUAUGCGUCAUGCAGCCCAGUGUGUAGGCAGAGCCAUCCGAGGCAAAACUGACUAUGGCCUCAUGAUCUUCGCUGACAAACGUUACGCCCGUGCAGACAAGCGAGGGAAGCUGCCUCGGUGGAUCCAGGAGCACAUCUCAGACGGCAGCCUUAACCUGACAAUUGAUGAGACUGUGCAGCUGUCCAAGCACUUCCUGAGGCAGAUGGCCCAGCCGUUCAGACGGGAGGAUCAGCUCGGUCUAUCUUUGCUGACUCUGGAACAGCUACAGUCGGAGGAAAUGCUUGAGAAAAUCUCUCAGAUUGCUCAGCAGGCCUAAAGCUCAUCAGGCUGAUGUAAAUCCUACACACUUGUACAUAUAUAUUUUUCAAAAUUUGUCACUUUUUUUUACAUGUUCAUACUAAUCUACAGUCACAGAAGGAGCAAUAAAUACAGAAUUUCUACAAAAAAAAGUUUAUUUUAUUUUACUUCUUAAUAUGUACCCAUUUUAUCAGACAUUAGUCAGGUUAGACACUUGAGAAUAUUGUGUAUAUACAUGUACACUCACGUCUUCUGCCUCCAAAAUGUAACAUUUACAGAACAAAAAAAACUUGCUGAAACUAAGUUACAGUUGAGUAACAGUUCUAUAGAUAAAAAAUCUAAUAAGUGACAAUA